AUGCGACAACCACCUAAGCCACUACCUGUCUGUGUAGUACCCACUCAGGCCUCAGUCUGGAUAUGCGACAACCACCUAGGCCACUGCCUGCAUAUGCGACAACCACCUAAGCCACUACCUGUCUGUGUAGUACCCACUCAGGCCUCAGUCUGGAUAUGCGACAACCACCUAGGCCACUGCCUGCAUAUGCGACAACCACCUAAGCCACUACCUGUCUGUGUAGUACCCACUCAGGCCUCAGUCUGGAUAUGCGACAACCACCUAGGCCACUGCCUGCAUAUGCGACAACCACCUAAGCCACUACCUGUCUGUGUAGUACCCACUCAGGCCUCAGUCUGGAUAUGCGACAACCACCUAAGCCACUACCUGUCUGUGUAG